UGCCUGAGUGAGCAUGGAAGGGGAGAGUCAGGAUGAUCCCACAUUGUGGCUGGAGUGACUCUGGGCCUACUAGGGCUACUUCUAUUUUUAUUGAGAAAUAGCACUCCAAAGGAGAGGUAUUUUGUAAAUGAGAGAUGGAAAGGAGAUGAGUUCUGGUAAAUGUACUUCAGUCAAGUGCCCCUACAUCCUUUGAGACCAUGAAAAUCCCCACUCUGUCACUAAUAUAAAGUGUCUGACCUCAGGCAGGUUACUUAGCUUCUUUGAACCUCAGCUUUUUUCUCAGUAAAUGAAGAUGGUGAAAUCCACCUCGGAGGGUUGUUUUGAAGGUGAAAUGCAGUAAAAGCCUUUGCACUGAGUCCAGUACAUAGUAAUGUUCGACGAAGUGAUACGGAAGCGUCUCCUCAUUGAUGGAGAUGGUGCUGGAGAUGAUCGAAGAAUAAAUUUGUUAGUGAAAAGUUUCAUUAAGUGGUGCAACUCUGGAUCCCAGGAGGAAGGAUAUAGCCAGUACCAACGUAUGCUGAGUACACUAUCUCAAUGUGAAUUUUCAAUGGGCAAAACUUUGCUGGUGUAUGACAUGAAUCUCAGAGAAAUGGAAAAUUAUGAAAAAAUUUACAAAGAAAUAGAAUGUAGUAUUGCUGGAGCUCAUGAAAAAAUUGCUGAGUGCAAAAAGCAGAUUCUUCAAGCAAAACGAAUACGAAAAAAUCGCCAAGAAUAUGAUGCUUUGGCAAAAGUGAUCCAGCAUCAUCCAGAUAGGCAUGAGACAUUAAAAGAAUUAGAGGCUCUGGGAAAAGAGUUAGAGCAUCUUUCACAUAUUAAAGAAAGCGUUGAAGAUAAGCUGGAAUUGAGACGGAAGCAGUUUCAUGUUCUUCUUAGUACUAUCCAUGAACUUCAGCAAACAUUGGAAAAUGAUGAAAAGCUCUCAGAGGUAGAAGAAGCUCAAGAAACAAGCAUGGAAGCAGAUCCUAAGCCCUAGGCAGUCGAAUCACUGUUCCCCCAAAAUAUUGAAAGAGCUACAUAAUCUUAGUAUGUUUAGAAUUUGUUGUGCUCUUGACAUAUUUGAAGUUUAGCCAGUGAAGUACUUUGCUAUUAAAUAUUAAUGUACAUCUCAUUUAUAUUUCUUCAUACAAAGAAAAAUGGCGCCAGUAUAUAUGUUUUUAUUGAAAUGCAUUUUUCAUUCUUAAUAAGUAGGAAACAGCAUCCAAAAAUGUUUAAUAAAAUAUCUUUAAGUUACAUGUUUGUGCCCAUUAGUAACUGGUGACAUUGACUGCCUUAUAAAAUAAGUGAAGACUGAGAAGGUGGCAUUUAUAGGGUGUAUAUAUGGGACGAUGAGUCAAAUUCUGGAAAUUAUUACCACUUUAGAAAAUGAAAAUGAAGUCCAUGAAUAGGCUUCAGAAGGACCAUGAACCUGUGAAAUUACAUGCACAGUGUUUAUGGUGUAUGUUUACUGUGGGAAGAGGUACUGUGAUGUUAAGAAUCACUGGUGUCAGAGGUAAUUACAAGAUCCAAAAGUAAAUCCAUAGGCAUUGCUUUCUCUUUCACUCUCCCUCUCUCUAGUACUUAAAGAAUAUAGUUGUUAAAUGUU